AUCUCGUUUGUGAAGGUGAGGCGGCAAAGACAAAAAUAAGGAAAAUGGAGGAAAAAAUAAGGAAAAUGGAGGAACACAACACAUUUGAAAUAUCCAGUCUGGACUCCACCGUCGUCGAAGCGAAGUUGUUUCACGAGCCGCAAAAGGACGACGAGGACGACGGACCGCUGGUGUUUUUCUGCGGCAAGUGUCGGCUGCCGGUCGGAGACUCCUCGUCCUGGGAUGGAAGCGAAGAUAGUGAAAACCAGAUACGGCUAAAAAGAGUCACCAACAAUGUUUUAAUUGGGAAGGAAACACGUAUGAUUGAAGCAAGUAAAAAGCGUUUAUGUCUGGUGGUGGAUCUUGCCUGCCGAGGCUGUCACACUCUGCUUGGUGUGAUUUACUCAUCCACUCCCAAAAGCAUGGACCACAAGAGAUUUGUUUUCUGCUUGAAUGUGGCAGACAUUGACAGCUAUGUCCUUGGCUCUGCAAAACAGAUGUUGACAGCAGAGGGCUCCAAAGAGCAGCCAGUGACACUGGAGUACAGAAUGACUGUUGAAGAGCAGCUGACAAAGAUGAAAAUGCUGGUUUUGUCCAUGGCACAGCGGCUGCAGGAGAUCGAGACCGGCCUUCAGGAUGAAUGUGAAGAACCCUGAUGAUGAUGGACUUGUACGUUGGGCAUGGAAGCUCCAAAAUCCACAAUUCUCACCCCGUCUUUAUCUUUAAACUUAACCAAUUUGGUCAUUAGCCUCACCUUGUGCACUAGUACCUACGUGUGUUCACGUGGUUCCAGCUGUGCUUUGUCCUGAUUACCAAGGCAGAAACAAAGACUGGCUGCACUUGUAAUCAAUCAUGUUGUCAGCUCCGCGCCUGUGCUGGGUGGCUGUAUCUGCUCUUUGUGUCUGGGAGCAGCAUGGAUGCACAUUGUGAGCAGAAUGUUUAUUUCUGCCGCUGCUCACAGUAUUGAUCUGGCCACACGGUUGUUCUUUGUUCUCAUUCACACACACACGCACGCAAUGCAGCCUUGAUCCCACACAGGAUUGCAUGCUACUGUGUGUUUUUUGAAUAGUUUUGGAAAAGAUAUUUUUGUUUUGAAGCAUUGUUCACAGUUUAAAAGAUGUAAGUUCUUUGACAAUAGUGUCAUUGUUAUUUCACCGCAUUAUAAAGUCUUUAGUUCUACAUUGCGCUGUGAAUUCAGUUUUUGUCAGCAGAGUUAUUUUUAAAUUAAUUGUUGAAUAAAUGGUUGGAGUGUUUC